AUGCUGCACAACGACGUCGAGCCCGACGGCUACACGUUCCCGUUCGUUGUCAAGGCGUGCGCGCAGCUCGCGGCAUUGCGGCAACGGAGGCAGCUGCAGGGACACGCCGUGAAGCUCGGGUUCCUCGAGCACGACGAGCACGCGCAGAACAGCCUCAUCAGCUUCUACGGCAAGUGCGGCGAGCCGGAGCUGGCGCGCCGGGCGUUUGAGCAGAUGGAGGCCCGGGAGAGGACGGGCGGCGUCCUGGAGCGCGCUGCUCGCGGCGUACACGAAGCAUGCGCGUACCUGGGCACCUACGACGUCGGCCGGAGCGUCCACUGCUUGCUGCUGAGGAAUACCGUGACGCUGAAUACGUUCAUGGAGACGUCCCUAGUGGACAUGUACCCCAGAUGCGGCUGCAUCGAGAAGGCGACGGUGGUGUUCGACGGCAUGGAGGGCAAGAAGAACGAGUGGACGUACAUCGCCAUGGUGUCCGGCUUGGCGUUGCACGGGGACGGGCGUACGGCGCUGCAGGUGUUCGACGCGAUGAUCAGGGAGGGACACCAACCUGACGACGCCCUUGGCGUGCACGACACAGCCACGACGAGCUUCCACGCCCCGAUCUGGUCCGGCGCCCAAAUCACCGAUCCGUGA